UUGCAUCCAGCGGUGAUUGCUUUGGGUCAUCGUUACGCCCACGGACAAAUUCGAGGCGGUAACGCCCGUUGCAAGGCCAUGCUGAAUUGCUUCGCCUCAAUCCUGCAUGAUUACGAGCCAACAUCAGGGACCAGUAGCGCAGUCUCUGAUUUACGAACCAUACUAGACCACAAUGUGCUCAAACCUUCGUUUCAGUACUGGACGGAAACCUGUCGACCGCAUUCAGUCAGUAUGGGCAACGCCUUUACUUUUUUGAAAACCGCAGUAGCUUCGAUAGAUCGGGAGAUGGCGUGGGAGGAAAUGAGGAGCACACUACUGGAAACAAUGGAGGCCUACGCCAAAGAACGAAUUGAUUUUGCCGAUCAGGCUAUUGCGGACUUGGCUUUGUCCAAAUUGAACGAUAAGGAAGUCGUUCUAGUCUAUGGCCAUUCCGAUGUGAUUCAGCUUUUGUUGCUAAAACACUUCUGGGCGAACCGAAAUUUUCGAGUAAUCAUUGUUGAUAACCGCCCUUUGUUAGAAGGUCGUCGGACUCUCAAGGCUCUGCGUGAGGCUGGUGUUGACUGUACGUACGUGCUUUUGAAUGCCUUGACCUAUGUCUUGCAGGAAAAUGUGUCAAAAGUUCUGUUGGGAGCUUCGGCACUCAUGAGCGACGGUAGCGUACUCGGUCGGGUCGGUACCGCAUGUGUUGCUUUAGCCGCGCACAAACAUAACAUUCCGGUCUUGGUGUGCUGUGAGACGUACAAAAUAUCCAACCGCGUCCAACUCGAGUCAAUUACCCACAACGAACUUGGCAAUCCGGAAGCGUUGCUGAACGAAGAUGAUGUGUUGCAGAAUUGGAAAGAAAUUGACGGCUUAAAGCUGCUGAAUGUUCUAUAUGACUUGACCCCUGCAGCGUUUGUCAGUGGCAUCGUAACAGAAUUGGGCAUUGUACCCCCGACGAGUGUAGCUGUACUAUUGAGGGAAAUGGAUCAAGGUAGCUAA